AGGUACUUCCCCGCGCGAGGCUAACGCCACAGGUACACAGCCUGAUAAUCAACCACGCAAGCUCAUGCUUGAUGAGACAGCGCGUGACGAAACUCUGUCACAAGUUCUCCUUAAACCUUGAUAGCGCAUGACUUUUCCUCCUCCUAAACAUUUACUUCUCCCCAAACCAUUUAUUUAUUACCCUUCACAAUCUCGUGUAUCCAAAGUGACCAUGGGUGCUCAGCCAUCAAAGCCAACACUCCACGAGAAGGCUGUCAUGGAGCGUCUUCGUAGUCUCCAACUCCAGGAGGAUGGCGAAUACGUCGAAAUUAGCAGCGACGCUGAGAAGCGUGUUGUCGGGCCUUUGACUCGCGAGGCUCAAGGUCUAUCUGUCCAUGUCCUCGAGUCCUGGCAGUCUGCUAUCCUGAAAGAUCCCAAGAACAAACUCGCACUCACGGCACUGAGCUCAGCAAACCCGAGACAGGUGCUCACUUCACUACCGACCGAAAUAGCAGACCAGCAGAUCUAUAAUGUCAAGAUCCCAUUCGAGGGAGAUCCGAUCACGAAUCAGCGCUCAAGCGGCCGCUGCUGGUUGUUUGCCUCCACAAACGUGUUCCGAGUUGCCAUUAUGAAGCGAUAUAAUCUCGAAAGCUUUGAGCUCUCACAGCAGUAUCUCUUCUUCUGGGAUAAGCUUGAAAAGGCGAACUGGUUCCUGGAACAGAUCAUCGACACCGCAGGAGAGGAUCUCGAAGGACGUCUCGUUCAAACCCUACUGGGCGACAUCGUUUCUGAUGGUGGUCAGUGGGACAUGGUCUAUAACCUUGUCGAGAAGUAUGGCCUAGUACCACAGACCCUCUACCCUGAUACAUGGAAUGCCCAGAGCUCCGGCAUUCUUAAUAGUGUCAUCAAGACCAAGCUUCGUGAAUUCGCACUCAAGCUACGGGGCCUGAUUAACUCCAAGAGCGGUGUUACAGCUACCGCACUCUCGUCGGCGAAAGACAAAAUGCUUCGUGAGAUUUCUCUCAUCAUGACUCUUCUCCUUGGACCACCACCAAGCUCCGAGGAAAACUUCACUUGGCAGUACAACGACAAGAAUGGCAAGUCACACCAGCUCAAGACUACACCUAAAGAGUUUGCCAAGAACAUAUACAGUUCCGAUUUCCGCAUCACUUCUAGCACCAUCGAGAGCAUGAUCUCACUUGUGGAUGAUCCUCGGCACGAGCCGCUCUCUCUCCUCUCUGUUUCACGACUUGGUAACAUCGUGGGUGGACGUGGCGUGAGUUACGUGAACGUUGAUAUCGACACACUCAAGGAGACGUGCAUAAAGAUGCUCAAGGCUGGUCUCCCUAUCUUCUUUGGUAGCGACGUCGGUAAGUUCUCCGACUCCAAGUCGGGUAUCAUGGACCUCGAUCUCAUCGACUACGAACUUGGCUUCAACACUAGCUUGCUCGGCAUGAGCAAAGCACAGCGAUUGACAACACAAGAGAGUCAGAUGACCCACGCUAUGGUGUUGACUGCAGUUCAUCUCGACGAGGAGACGGGCAAGCCUGUUCGCUGGAGAGUGCAGAACAGUUGGGGCACUGCGGCUGGUGACAAAGGAUGGUUUGUCAUGAGUGAUGCUUGGCUCGACCAGUUUGUUUAUCAGGCCGUUGUAGACCCUCGCUUCUGUAGCAAGGAGGUUCGCGAUGUGCUCAAGAAGGAAGCGAUUGUUCUCCCGCCAUGGGAUCCUAUGGGCGCCCUGGCCUGAGUCAGCGUUCUUAUUACGGAUGCGAAGGUAUUGCUGUGGGACGACAUUGAGACUUCUUUUGUACCAGACUGAUGCUUGCUGAGAGAAUGAACAUAGGGUAACUACCUCCAACACUAUCGCAGCACAACCGUACACCGUGAUACCUAUCAUGGAACCACUCGUGGGUCGGCUCCCAGGUCCUGAAGUGAUGAUUUAUUCAAAUAAAGACAAGUUAUAUUCCCUGAUGAGAUGGCCACCUGACGUGUCUGCCCGAUGAAAGAAACUAUCGUAGGCGACUCCUCUGGAACUCAGGUGGCUCGGUUUGGCUGUUCUAUGAACUUCAACGGCUGCAACGUAGAUAUGCUGUGUGAGUAGCAGGGCCAUUUCACCGUUGCACAAUUAGAUCGAGAAAACCCAUCAGUCAUCAGGGAGUCUCUGAGGUCCCUAGUUGAAAGGGCAAGUCGAGUUUUCGAGUUUUCAGAAGUGCAAACAUUGAUCAGCCAGAUGAAUGAUCUUAUAGUUCUCGAUCACUCAUACCCGAAAGUCCAAUACCCUUAACAUAUCUUAAGAAGCUUUCGCUCCCGGUUUAUUCGUUCUCUCAAAGAGUAGGACUCCAAGCAAACGCUCCGAGUACAUAAAUUUGAUGCUGAUGGGAGGUAUAUCAUGAUUUUGUUAUGAAAGGCUUCCCAACCUAACAAAUCUCUCAAGUAUUGGGACUUUCUAGAAGCUGAUGAUCUCGACUGUAACAAAUAACUGAAUUAAUGAUUUCUUUUUGUCUUUUCGCAAUGAGUUUGUGCGGCCCUGUGGUAAACUCAUACACAAAACCAGUUCAAGCAAGAGUUGUCACUCCAUGAGUAGAAAUGUGACUGAUUCUCUCACCUACCAAAAUGGCGCCGCAACAUGAGAGGGCAGUAGAGCAUUGGAAUUGAUUGACUUGAGUUGGCUUGGCCAUUUUGUAUAAGGUAGACCUGCUUGAAUGUUUUCUCGAUCGUUGAGUAGAAGUAGCCAUUCGAUUAUAAGACUACGACCUUAAGAUAUCGGGGUAUGCGUCUAACGAAGCUGGAGUACUUGUAAAAGUGGCUAUGACUUAGCAGCACUAGGUACUGGUUAAAUGAUUAACAUGGUUAAGAGCAUGUACUGACGGAAAUUAACGGG